UCACACCAUCUUUCUUCUUCUUUUUCUUCGUCUCUACAGGGACGGCUAUGAUCAGCUGACUUGUAUCUGCUCUGGCUCCUCAGCAAGUGUGUGCAAGAUAUGAUGGAGGCUGUUGACAAACCUUACAAGGAAUCAGAUUUCCACCCAGCUGGGUCCAAUUUGGGGAGACUUUCCUUCAUCAAUUGAAGACUUCCAACAAGUUACCUAAUAAAGCAAGGGAAUAAAUCGAGGAUACUUUCUCAACAACGCUACGUUUUCUUGUGAUAUUUAACGUGAAGUCUUAGGACAAAAAAUGAGUCGUUUCAAGGGCUCGCCGUACCGGCGGCAAGAUUUGGAGGUCGGAGACAGCCGGUCUGAAGGCUUCGACGGCGACGACGACGCCAGGGAAACUUCUUCUGGGCCCUUCGAUAUUGAUAGCACCAAGAAUAUCCCCAUCGCACGGCUCCGACGUUGGAGGCAAGCGGCACUUGUGCUAAAUGCUUCUCGCCGAUUUCGAUACACAUUGGACUUGAAAAAGGAAGAAGAUAGGAAGCAGAUAAUAAGGAAGAUUAGAGCACAUGCACAAGUUAUACGGGCUGCAUAUCUUUUUAAAGAAGCUGGGGAUCGAGCAAAUGGGAUACCAAUAUCACCUCCAAUCCCCAAUGGUGAUUAUGGCAUUGGACAAGAGGAACUGGCUUCAAUGACAAGGGAUCACAAUUCUAAUGCUCUGCAGCAAUAUGAUGGGGUUAAAGGGUUAGCAGAGUUGCUAAAAACAAAUCUAGAGAAGGGAAUUCUUGGAGAUGAUGCUGAUUUACUACGACGAAGGAAUGCAUUUGGAUCAAACACAUAUCCCCGAAAAAAAGGACGGAGUUUCUGGAUGUUUCUCUGGGAAGCUUGGCAAGAUUUAACCUUAAUCAUCUUGAUGAUAGCUGCAAUUGCUUCCUUGGCGCUGGGUAUAAAGACAGAGGGUAUUAAAGAAGGAUGGUAUGAUGGGGGGAGCAUUGCCUUUGCAGUUAUUCUUGUUAUAGUUGUUACAGCUGUAAGUGAUUACAGACAAUCCCUUCAAUUUCAAAGUCUAAAUGAUGAAAAGAGAAAUAUACAUAUGGAGAUCAUUAGAGGCGGUAGAAGAGUUGAGGUUUCAAUAUUUGAUGUUGUCGUUGGUGAUGUUAUACCCCUCAACAUAGGGAACCAGGUCCCUGCUGAUGGAAUUUUGAUUUCUGGUCACUCUCUUGCAAUUGAUGAAUCAAGCAUGACUGGAGAGAGCAAGAUUGUUCACAAGGACUCGAAGGCACCAUUUCUAAUGGCGGGCUGCAAAGUAGCAGAUGGGAGUGGCAUUAUGCUGGUAACAAGUGUUGGGAUAAAUACUGAAUGGGGAUUGCUCAUGGCUAGUAUAUCAGAAGACACUGGUGAAGAGACGCCGUUGCAGGUACGAUUAAAUGGGGUUGCGACUUUCAUUGGUAUAGUUGGGCUCCUAGUGGCUUUGGUUGUCUUGGUUGUUCUUUUGGCAAGGUACUUUACUGGCCAAACCACAAAUUCAGAUGGAAGUAAGCAAUUUAUUCCAGGCCAGACAGGUGUUGGUGAUGCCGUAGAUGGAGCAAUUAAAAUUGUUACUGUUGCGGUCACAAUUGUAGUUGUUGCAGUGCCUGAGGGGCUUCCUUUAGCUGUUACCUUGACCCUUGCCUACUCAAUGAGAAAAAUGAUGGUUGACAAAGCUUUGGUACGGAGGCUUUCUGCUUGUGAGACCAUGGGCUCUUCCACAACUAUUUGCAGUGAUAAGACAGGAACUCUAACUUUGAAUCAGAUGACUGUUGUUGUGGCUUAUGCUGGUGGGAAGAAAAUUGAUACACCGGAUAGAGGCUCACUCUCGUCUUCCCUGCUAUCCUCUCUACUUAUUGAAGGCAUUGCACAAAAUACAAAUGGCAGUGUUUUUAUUCCUGAGGGUGGUGGAGAUGUAGAGGUUUCUGGGUCCCCAACAGAAAAGGCCAUUCUCAAUUGGGGAAUCAAGAUUGGGAUGAAUUUUGAAGCUGUCAGAUCAGGCUCUUCAAUUAUCCAAGUUUUCCCAUUCAACUCAGAGAAAAAACGUGGGGGUGUUGCUAUAAAACUGCCUGAUUCUCAAGUUCACUUGCACUGGAAAGGGGCGGCUGAAAUAGUGUUAGCCUCCUGUACUAGGUAUAUUGAUGAAAAUGACAAUGUGGUCCCAAUGACUGAAGAUAAGGUGUUAUUUUUCAAGAAAGCCAUUGAAGAUAUGGCUGCAGGUAGUUUGCGUUGCGUUGCCAUUGCAUACAGACCCUAUGAAAUGGAAAACGUCCCAACUGAUGAAGAGCAACUGGAUCAGUGGGUACUUCCUGAGGAUGACCUUGUUUUGCUGGCUAUUGUUGGUAUAAAGGAUCCUUGCCGACCUGGUGUGAGAGAAGCAGUGCAACUAUGCCAAAAAGCUGGUGUCAAGGUACGGAUGGUUACAGGUGACAAUCUUCAAACAGCUAAAGCAAUAGCCUUGGAAUGUGGAAUACUAGUUUCAGAUGCAGAUGCUACCGAGCCAAAUCUCAUCGAAGGAAAGUCAUUUCGUGCCUUACCUGAAUUGCAAAGACAGGAUAUUGCUGAUAAGAUAUCGGUCAUGGGAAGGUCUUCUCCAAAUGACAAGCUUCUUCUUGUGCAAGCAUUGAAAAAGAAAGGGCAUGUUGUUGCUGUAACUGGAGAUGGAACUAAUGAUGCUCCUGCACUACACGAGGCAGAUAUUGGUCUUGCAAUGGGCAUUUCAGGAACAGAGGUUGCAAAAGAGAGCUCUGACAUCAUUAUCUUGGAUGACAAUUUUGCGUCAGUUGUCAAGGUUGUCAGAUGGGGACGAUCUGUAUAUGCAAAUAUACAGAAAUUCAUCCAGUUUCAGCUCACAGUUAAUGUUGCAGCUCUAAUAAUUAAUGUCGUGGCAGCAAUUUCCUCUGGCAAUGUUCCACUAAAUGCAGUGCAGCUGCUCUGGGUUAAUCUUAUCAUGGAUACUCUUGGAGCACUUGCAUUGGCCACUGAACCACCAACAGAUCACCUGAUGCACAGGCCUCCAGUUGGUCGAAGGGAACCAUUGAUAACAAAUAUCAUGUGGAGGAAUUUGUUGAUUCAGGCCCUAUAUCAAGUGAUCGUCCUGCUUGUCCUCAAUUUCCGAGGUACAAGUAUUCUGAAGUUAGGUGGCACUCCUGAACGUGCUUCCAAAGAGAAGAAUACAGUGAUAUUCCAUGCAUUUGUUCUUUGUCAGAUAUUCAAUGAGUUUAAUGCACGGAAGCCGGAUGAAAUUAAUGUAUUCAAAGGAGUCACUACCAACCGUCUUUUUAUUGGGAUAGUGGGAAUAACUCUCGUGCUUCAGAUCCUUAUCAUCGAAUUUCUUGGGAAGUUUACAUCAACUGUCAGAUUGAAUUGGCAGCUUUGGCUUGUUUGUAUCGGUAUUGCUUUUAUCAGUUGGCCUCUUGCGGCUCUUGGAAAACUGAUACCAGUCCCAAAAACUCCUCUUAGCAAGUUCUUUACAAGGAUGUGUCGCUGUAGGCGAGAUUCCCCGCGGCGAGAUUCCCAAAGUCAGUAAGUAGAUAGAAGGCUUGACAAUUCACUGACAUCAACACGUUAUAUAGAAUACAAGCUCCAAAGUCAAUUAUCCCCUGUUGGGUGCACGGUUUACAUGGGAUCUCAGCACCACUUUUGCACCACUUUGGCUAAGGCUUGACAAUGCCUUAGCCACUCGAGUUAUUACAUGGUGUGGAAAAACCGGCUACCCGCAAGGUUCUGUUUUUUUAGACAUUGAACCUUGCUUUUUAUUGAUAUUGUGCUAAUGUUUUGAGUACAAAAUGUUGUGAAAAUUUGUGAAAGGGUGUUUCUGCAUUGGAGUGAUUUUGAAGAAAUACUUGAACCAA